AUGCCAAAGAACUGGCCGCUGUGGCUGCUGCCCGCCAGCCGAUUCUUCCGCCCCGAGAGCACCCAUGUGCUGCAAGAGUCUCACCCGGCGCCCGACGACUGGGCCCGGCUCGGCCGCGCCGACGCCGAGCACCGCUUCCAGCUACACAUUGGCGUGCGGCAGGGCAAUUUCGCGGGCCUCGAGAAGCGCCUGCUCGAGAUUUCGGAUCCCGCGCACCAGAACUACGGCGCGCAUCUCUCCGCCGCGCAGGUCCGCGCCUACACGGCGCCGACCGACGAGGCCGUCGCCCGGGUACACGCGUGGCUGGCCGCCCACGGCAUCGGCGCGGCGGAGCUGCGGCACAGCCCGGCGCGCGACUGGAUCAGCGUGCCAAACAUGACCGUCGCCCGGGCGGAAGCGCUCCUGCGGACCGAGUACCACGUCUACCGGCGCGCGACCGCCAGCGUCGUGCGCGCCACGCAGUGGUCGCUGCCGGCCGACGUGCACGGCUUCGUCGACACGGUGCAUCCGACGAGCGCGUUCUUCCCCGUCCGGCGACGCGCCGCCACCGGGCGCACGUCGCCCGCCGGAUCGGACGCCAUCAUCGACGUCGCACACCCGCCGCCGGACCUGACGCCCGAGCAGGCGUGCAACGAGACGGCCGUCACCCCGCUCUGUCUGCGCGUCCUGUGCGGCACGCUCAACUACACGGCGCGCGCUGCAGCCAGCAGUCGCAACGCCAUGGCGCUGUGCAACUUUUCCGGCGAGUUCAACAACCGCACCGACGCGCGGCUGUUCCUGCAGACGUACCGGCCCGACGCCGCCCCGGCCGCCGACAGCUUUGGCAUCGUCGAGAUUGCCGGCGGCGUCAACCGGCAGGGCCCGUCCACGCAGGCCCAACUCGACCACGGCGCCGGCAAGGAGGGCGGCCUGGACGCGCAGGUGCUCCUCGGGCUCGGGCACCCCGUCCCGCUCGUCACGUACACGGUCGGCAGCGGGGCGCCACCGCCGUGGACGCCGGACCCGUCGGCGCCGACCAACGACAACGAGCCAUUCCUGCUGCUCAUCGAGUGGCUGCUCGCGCAGGCUCUGCUGCCGACGGUGCUGAGCAUCUCGUACGCCGACACCGAGUACACGGUGCCGGCGUCGUACGCGCGGCGCGUGUGCGGCGGCUUCGCGCAGCUCGGGGCGCGGGGCGUCAGCGUGGUGCUCGGGUCGGGCGACUGGGGCGUCGGGCGGCCGGCGCAGUGCCACGACCGGCGGUCCGGCGGCCGCCGGUUCGCGGCGCGGUUCCCGGACGGCUGCCCGUGGGUGACGUCGGUGGGGGCGACGCGCGGCGUGCGCCCGCAGGUCGUCGGGUACAACGAGGAUAACCACUUUGUCAGCGGCGGCGGAUUCAGCGAGUACUUUGCGCGGCCGGCGUACCAGGACGGCGCGGUGGCGCGGUACCUGGCGCGCCUCGGGCAGCGGCAGCACGCGGGGCUGUACAAUGCGCGCGGCAGGGCGUAUCCGGACGUGGCGGCCAUGGGCACGCGCAUCGUCACGGUGUGGGACGGGCGGCAAAAGGUGGUGGACGGGACGAGCGCGUCGGCGCCCGUGUUCGCGGCCGUGGUGGCGCUGCUGAACGAUGCGCGGCUCGCGGAGAAGAAACCGCCGCUGGGGUUUCUGAAUCCGUGGAUCUACGCGGUCGGCGACAAGGGUGGGUUCGUGGACGUGGUGAAUGGGAGCACCACGGGGUGCAAUACGACGGGGUUUCCGGCGAUGGAGGGCUGGGAUGUGGCCAGCGGGUUCGGCACACCGUGGUUUCCGAGGUUGAAAGAGUUGGCGACACUUGAUGGGCCUACUCAUGGUGGUCUGGCGGAACCUAUUCCAACGGGAACAGCACCGACUGGGCCUGUUGUAGCGGAUUCGGGUGCUGAAAAGUCUGAAAAGCCAUGUAAACUACAAGCAUUCUUAUUCUUCAAGUACAACUGUUAA